AUGAUAAAUCAAGGCUAAUUUGUCGAGAUUGAGAACAGGUAUGAAGAGCAAUUCAAGACUUGCAUACCAGAAAUAUACUUAUUUAAAAACAAAAAAGGAACCAAGAAUAGGAAAAAAUUGGAUGCUAUCCUGAAUCAACUUCAGUGCAAAGUAUGCUAUGGAAUAGUAAAUCUAGACUCAGGAUAUUCAUGCUUAAAAUGUACUUCUAAAAUUUGUCAAAAUUGCUUUAAGGACUUUUAAUGGUCUAAUCUAUCAAAAGAUAAAAAAACUCCGUGCUGUUAAGACGGAUAACUGAGAGACAUUAAAGAUUCUCACGUUAAUAUUGAGUGCUUCUAUGAAGUUUUAAAGUUCCAUUGUAAAAUCAAAGGCUGUGAAAGCUUUAUGACUUACUUUGAAAUAGUAGAUCCUGAGUAGCAUAACGACUGUCAAAAAAAGAAAUACAAAUGCACCUAUUGUAAUAAGAUCAUUAUUGGAUAAGGUAAGCUCUCUCAUUAGAUAAAAUGCAAUCAGAAACCUAUCGCUUGUGAUUAUUGCCAAGUGAUGAUAAGUCCUACUGCAAUGGAGUCACAUCUAAUUAGAAAUUGUCAAAAAGCUGAUCAAUAAAGAAAUAAAAAUGUAGCUAUUGACUCUACUUUUGGACCAUAGAAUAUUGGAUAAGAUGAAUAAAUGGAGUCUAAAUUUUUGUAGGAUAGAUAUGUGAGGAAUAUGGAUUGCCUAAUCGGUACAGGGAAUAAUCUUUAGAAGAGAAUUAAAACAGAUAUGACUAAAUCCUACUCAGUUAAUGACAAUCCAUUACAAAAUACCAACUAUCCCAAUAUAUGCUCAAUCUGUUGUUAAAAUAAAGUAAUUGAAGGUACUUCAGAAUGCUCAACCUGCUCUUCUAAUAUAAAACCAAACAAGCGCAGCAAAAAAUAAAGUCUUAAGAGUUCAAAGGAGAACUCCAAUCAACUAGUUUUAUUUGGAAAUCAAAAUAAGACAUUUUAGGCUUAAAAUUUAGAAAUUAAAUAAAUGUAGGACAAGAUAGCGGAUCUUGAGGUUAUUUUGAAAUAAAAAGAAAGGAUGAUCUAGAACAAAGAUCGUAGAAUGGUUGAGAUCAUGAAAAACUAAGGUUAAGCAGGUAAUGAUAAAAAUGAGCAAGGAAGCAGCACUUAUCAAUAAUUUUGUUAUAUGUGCGAGAAAGACCUCUUUCUAUUGCAAAACUCAACAAAUUAAAGCAGCAAUAAAAUAUAUAGCUUCUGCUCAGCAUGUAUAAUCCAAGAAAUCUAAUUGUCUUAGAAAAUCAUGACCUAGUUGUAGAUCUAAAAAUCACAGAUUGACUUAUAGUGCGAGAAGUUCUGCAAGUAAAAUGUCAAAGUUAGCUUCAAAUGCGGAUGUGUAAACUUCUAGCAAUCUUAAAAUGAGAGUAGUAUGCUUAUUCCUCAUAGCCAAGUUGUUUAGGCAUUGGAAAACAUGAGUGAAUCUAAUAGCAUUAUUGAUGUUACAGAGUCUGCAAAAUUAAAAAAGGAUCUAAAGAAAGUUAAAAUUAAAACUGAUUGUCAAUCGAACACCUUAAACAUGUAAUAGCAGAAUGCAGACUAAGAAUAAAUCUAAUAAAAAAGAUAGAAAAGGUCAUUCUUAAAGCAAUAUUAGAUUGAAAAGCAGAUUAAAUCACAAAAAAUUUUAUAGUCUUAAGAUAGUAUUAAGUUAAUCGAUCAGAUAAGACCUUAGAAAUGCGAGUAAAUUACAACUUACACUACACCAAAAGGUUAAUAAAAUUCAAACUUAAGAGAAACUAGGAGAACAUUGAAAUUGAAAUUGAAGUAACUUGACGAAGAAGAGGAAAAAGUCUAAAAACCAAAUGGAGUGAUUCAAAAUUUUUAAAUUGAGUUUGAAAAGCAGAAAAACUCGAAUAUAUAGCAACAAAGUGAAAAUAAAGAAGUAGAGUAAAAUAAUUAAAUGAUGAUUACCCCUAAUAAGAAAACCAGGAAUUAUUAGUAAAAAUCCUCAGACAUCAAAUCUAAAACCCCUAUCAAAAUUUAAAUUACUACUAGAUCCCCUUAUACAAAAGGUAAAUUGACUACGCAAAAGGGGGCACUUGCUAAAUGCAUUGAAAAAAAUAAUUUAAAGAUGAGUGCAAUGAAAGAGAUGGAAGAUUUAACACUUAAUACCUAGUAAGUUGAGGAGUAGAAGAAAAAGAGAAUUUAAAUGGUGAUACCAAGCAGCAUUGACCUAGAAAUGAAUGAGGACCCUAUUAUGACUGAAUUCAUUUCAGACUCAAUGAUUAUGUGA